AUGGAUAACAAAAUCAAUAAAGUGUUCCUGAUCCCAAUUUUAGCUGUUCUUCUUUUUAUGAUCGGCUAUCAGUAUAUUUGCCUAGCCGGUAGUAACUUGUGCCAAUUCAGGGUUGGGGAAAAAUUUGCAAAAAGCCGCCUUAAGUCGACCCAGUAUUCGCCGAGUGACGGCUUCUACAGGGACCAGGACCUGGAGGAUGAAUACCCUCCUAAAUUUCUGCCAAAAUUUAAUUUCUCCGAUAGGGACCUUCUGCGGCACGUGGAAUUUAACAUCAAGGGGGACGACGUGAUCGUGUUUUUGCAUAUUCAAAAGACGGGCGGGACCACAUUUGGAAGGCACCUGGUUAGGAAUAUUCGCCUGGAAAAGCCAUGCGAUUGCAAGCCUGGGCAGAAGAGGUGUACCUGCCGUCGGCCGGGUAAAAAGGAGUCCUGGCUCUUCUAUAGGUUUUCAACCGGCUGGAGCUGCGGGCUGCAUGCGGACUGGACCGAGCUAACCAACUGCGUUCCUGCCAUUAUGGAAAAGAAAGAAGCCCAAAAGAAUAGAAGGAACUUCUACUACAUCACACUACUGCGUGACCCUGUGUCACGUUACCUGAGUGAAUGGAAGCACGUGCAACGUGGUGCCACCUGGAAGACAUCACUUCACAUGUGCGACGGGCGCUCACCCACGCAGGAUGAGCUGCCCACCUGCUACCAGGGAGAUGAUUGGUCGGAUGUAGCUCUAUCUGAGUUCAUGGACUGCCCCUCAAAUCUGGCCAACAACCGACAGGUGCGGAUGCUUGCCGACCUCAGUCUAGUGGGCUGCUACAACCUGUCCUCCAUGAACGAGAGUGAGCGGAGCCGGACCCUGCUGAGCAGCGCCAAGACCAACCUGAAGAACAUGGCCUUCUAUGGGCUCACCGAGUUCCAGCGCAAGACGCAAUACCUGUUCGAGCGAACGUUCCACCUGCGCUUCAUCUCGGCCUUCACGCAGAUCAACAGCACACGAGCGGCCUCCGUCAAUGUGGCCAAGGACAUACAUCGCCGCAUUGAAGCCCUCAACAGCCUCGACAUGCAGCUGUACGACUUCGCCAAGGACCUCUUCCUGCAGCGUGUCCAGUUUUCCCAGCAGCAGGAGCGCCAUGAGGAGCGCCUCCGGAGGCAUCAGGAACGGUGCCGGCCAAGGGAGCAUCGGGCCAUCCUCUCACGGCACCGCUGGGAGGAAGAGGAGGCCGCCACCCCCCUGGAUUAUGGCAGCCAGGUGGUGCGCUGGUAAGAGGCACAUGUCCCUACAUGGCGAGCAGAUUACUCCCUCUCCAGUGUAGGUCACGACCCCCCUGCCUUCCCCUCCCCGUAUCUCAUGUCCUCUUGCCCUCUAAUCCAUUUAAGUUCCACUUGUCCUCUGCCACAUUCGCCGCCUGCUGCUGAUCCUGGCAAAAGUUCAAAGCAAAUAUUUCUGAAUUGAUUUUUUUUAAAAACUGAUUUGACUUAUACAAUGGCACUGUUGAAUUCUCAAAUCUGAUUGGUCAGAAGGGUGUUCGAUUAAUUUUCUAUACCUGCAUAGCGCCAGCCACGCAAAUCAUAGUAGUCAAUCAAUGUGUGGUUAUAAUCUUUAAUUCCAGAAGUUGAACACAACCUUAUUACCUGAAAUCAAAGUUUUGAUGGUGUUGUACUUAGUUUUAAUAAGGACACAACUGUGUUACAGCUGAUCAAUAAGGACCAACCAUCAUCAUUUACUGUAACCAGGUAGGGUUAUUUGCAGUGAAAAGCAGUGCAUGAUUUUCCACUGGAAAGAAAGGCAGGUCAAAAAGGAUCGCAUGCAUGGAGCUGGAACAGUGCAGCUUUCCGCCCCCAUCUUUCAAUGUUGAAAAACGUGCAAGGUUUGCUUUUUCCAGACUGUGCUUUAACUUCUUUUUAUAAGUAUAAAUCUGCAUUCUGAUGUCUCUUUAAUGUAAAAUGAAAAAGUCAUGUUUUUUUCUCAUUACCAAUUUUA